AUCCAGAGUGCUGGACAGUAGCAGAGUGGGCGCGUGGGGAGAAAAACACGUCCAUGACAUCAUCCGCCUUGUUGUGAUUCCCGAUAUCCCACCGGGUUCAUCUCGUGGAUGCAGUCACAGGAUUCCCACACUGAUUUCCCCCGUGUGCAACUUCAGCUCUUCGGUAACGGUCUGAUGCUGCUCACGCCCGCGUUGGUUUUAGUUUAAUUCUUGCGAUAUCUUUUUGCACUCCUCGGCUUGGCUUUCGACAUCGCCAUUGUUGGGUUCAGCAGAGUUAUGAGAAGGACGGCUGAGAGAUGCUUCCGGUGUAAAAGUGAUAUCUUUAUGAAAGCUGUCGCGAGGAAGAGCUGUCCGCUGUGCUCAUGCGAUCGAGGCUAUUGUUAGACGAGAUGAAACGGUGUCGGUUGGCGUGACACACCUGGGAUUGUUACAGCAGACCUCCAAGCACGUAUUUCUACCCCACAUCCAUCGUUGUCUGCAAGCGGAAAGGAUUCGUUUGUUUCGCCGAACAUUAGUUAGAGAAGCCAUUCUAGUGUAUGUUAUUUCAUGGGGAUGUGUUCAAGGCAAGAGAGGAUUCAAAAAGACGUCGACAUCGUAAUUCAGAGGUGUAAGGCAGAGAAGGACUGCCUGUUUUCUGACUUUAGAUUCUCCGACUCCACCUUCACGUUCACCUACAUAAAAGGACAUAAAAGGGUGUCCUACUCCAUUCAUGUCUCUGAUGAUUAUCCAGAUAACACAUAUGUGUCUAACUCUGAAAACGAGGAUGAAGUGUUAGUCACCAGGGAUCCAAUACCAGUAAUUUUCAAUAGAAUUGCAACAGAAAUACGCAUAAAUAAUGAGGGCACCAGCUGUCUGUCUAUUAAAUCAAAACUUCAAACUGAAAAAAACUCGUGCCAUUAUGCUAUAGAGGAGGAUUCAGAGGGUGACAAUGAUUCUGAGGAGUUCUACUAUGUUGGACAGGUAAAUUAUGAUGGAGAGCUUCACAAACACCCCCAGCUGGAGGCUGAUUUGGCAGCCGUGAGGGACUUAUAUGGCCAUCAUGCAGUAUCUCUCAGGGAAUAUGGUGCAAUUGAUGAUGUGGACAUCGACCUACACAUUGAUGUCACUUUCCUCGAUGAGGAGAUUGCACUUGCCUGGGAUGUGAUCCGGAGUGAACCUGUUAUUGUACGGCUUCACUGCUCCCUCACACAAUAUCUGAAUGGACCAGUUCCCACUGUUGAUGUGUUUCAAGUGUCUUCAAAAGACAGAUUUGGACUUGGACAUCAGUUGAAAAAAAUAAUGCAAACCUUUGUCACACAGCAGUGGAAGUGUCAGAGCAAAGAUAAACUCAUCAACCCACACGGCAAAAAGCUAACAGAGAAGAAGGUGAAGUCUCCCCUGCACAUUUUUUCAACGCUACGCAGAUCCCCCAGCUACCCUCCUCCUGGCUGUGUGAAGAGCAAAAAGAAGCUCAAACCCGAGCAGGAUGGCGUGUCAAAAUCCCACCGUCUGUUACGGCGAACAUGCUCCAGCACAGUGAAGCCAGAAAUGGACGGCUGUGUCGGCAAGUCGCACAAGCUUUUGGGUCACUCCCUUUCCAGUGACCCGCGGAUGGAGCAACAUCAGCCCCUCAAGCAGCCCCACCGGCUGCUGCCAAGGCCCUGCUCGACCGCUGCGAAACCAGAGGACUGCCCGUCACUGCGGCCUCAUAAACUGUCGCCGCGGUCGAGCGUGGCCGAACCUCGCUGCGAACAUGCUGCUGGCAGUAGCGAUGGCGGUGCUUUAAAGCCUCACCGGCUCCUGGGCCGCUCCUGCUCGGGCAGUGUGCGGACUGAAGAGCUGGACGGCCUGAAGCACCACCACCGUCUGCUCAGCAGGUCCUACUCCAGCAGCACCAAGAUGGGCGACAAGAAAAGCGACAUCUUUAAAGAGCCUGUCACCGAGAGCAGACGCCUCUCCCUUACCUCAGGGCUAAUCGGCAUCCUGGCCCCAUCACUAUCUUCCACACCUCAGCCAAACAACGGAGCCAAAUCCAUUCCAGUCAGAGACAGAGGCUUCCUUGUUCAGACUAUGGAGUAUGCAGAACAGCGUAUCCCUGUACUGAAUGAGUUCUGUGUGGUCUGCGAUGAACCUCAUGUGUUCCAAAAUGGACCAAUGCUCAGACCCACAGUGUGUGAGAGAGAGUUAUGUGUAUUCGCCUUCCAAACUCUAGGGGUCAUGAAUGAGGCUGCUGAUGAGAUUGCCACUGGUGCUCAGGUUGUAGACCUACUGGUCUCCAUGUGCCGAUCUGCACUGGAGUCUCCGAGAAAAGUUGUCAUUUUUGAGCCAUAUCCCUCUGUGGUGGAUCCCAAUGACUCACAUGCACUUGCCUUCAACCCCAGGAAAAAGGACUAUGACCGAGUAAUGAGAGCACUUGACAGUAUCACCUCUAUCAGAGAAAUGACCCAGGCUCCAUAUCUGGAGAUAAAGAGACAAAUGGACAAGCACGAUCCUUUGGCUCACCCACUACUGCAGUGGGUGAUAUCCAGUAACAGAUCACACAUAGUGAAGCUUCCUGUUACUAGACAACUGAAGUUCAUGCACACACCCCAUCAGUUCCUCCUGCUCAGCAGUCCGCCAGCCAAAGAAUCCAACUUUAGAGCUGCCAAAGUCCUCUUUGGGAGUACCUUUGCUUUUCAUGGAUCACACAUAGAAAACUGGCACUCCAUUUUGAGGAAUGGUUUGGUUGUGGCAUCAAACACAAGGCUUCAGCUCCAUGGCGCUAUCUAUGGGAGUGGAAUCUAUCUCAGUCCAUUAUCAAGCAUAUCCUUUGGCUACUCAGGGAUGAAUAAAAAACAGCAGAAAGUUGCUUCAAAAGAUGAAACUGCUGCCAACAAGACCAAUAUUAAUUUGCAGUCACAGAAGAAAGGCCAGAACCCCCAGUUUCUGCAGAGCCGCAACCUGAAAUGCAUAGCUUUAUGUGAAGCUAUUACAUCUCCAGACCUGCACAAGCAUGGUGACAUCUGGGUAGUUCCAAAUACAGAUCACGUCUGCACACGUUUUUUCUUUGUUUAUGAGGACGGACAGGUAGGUGACACAAGUAUAAACACACAGGACCCUGGUAUUCAUAGGGAGAUCCUGCGAGUCAUCGGCAAUCAAACGGCUACUGGAUGAAAGAUUUUGAACACAAUACCGCUGCCUUGACCUCUUUCCCAAAGCUGGACAUUUGAGCGUAGGAGGCCAAUACCAUGUAUUUUUUGGUAACCACAGAACACACACACAGACAUACAACAAAAAGGAUAUUCACAAUCUUCAAAAUACACUAUUUAUACUGUUCCCCUGGGAUACAUGCAUAUUUACACUGGCUAUUCAAACUAUUACCAUUUUGCUAAGUUUAUAAAUACAAGGUACAUUUUGAAAGAGCAUGGUAUGUCUCUCAGUUCAACUGAUGGACUACUUAUUUUUUGUAAAGAUACAAAAAAUGAAAGCACUUUGAAGAAGUACAGUAUUUUGAGACUUUCUUGGAGAAAAUACAAUAUUCCUGUGUGGAUAUGCACCAUCUGACCUUGUUUACUAAGAGUUGUACUUGUUAAAGUACAUUAAUUUGUGUAUACAAAAGGUGUCUACUGUAUAUGCACUUUAUUUUUCUUAAUGUAUGAUAGUUUCAAACUUCCAUAUAAUCUUAAAUGCCUUUCAAAGACAGAUGUAUUUAUUGUUUGACAGUGCUGAACACGAGCGAGCAACUCCUGAUUUUGACUGCAUUUACAGCUGAUGGAGAGCUUUGACAAAUGUAGUGUAAAACAAUAUCCCUGUGCUACAGCUUAUAUGUCAUGCUACUUAAAAGUAGCUGUCAGUUUACAAUUUCUAAAGGCCUCAGUUUAGAAUUUGCCCAGAUUUACCGAACCUGCCACUUCAUUAACUUGAUCAUUUUAAAUAUACAGUAUUGCUGUAACAUUUGGUGAGUGACUAUACCAACUAUAUAAAAAAGUAAAACUUUAAAAAAAAAUUAAA